CAGAGCUUGUUGUAGAAUAUAAGCCUCACAGACAAGCUCCCACAUAAACAUUUCCAAAUGGAAUCCUUCUCCAUGAUGAUUUGCCUACCUCUUCUUUGUUAUAUCAUCUUCUGCCUCUGGAAGUUGUUCUUUAGGAAUAGAGAAAACAGCUGCUAUAUGCUGCACUAUGAGUGCUACAAGGGUGCUGAGGACAGGAAGCUCGACACAGAAUCCUGUGCAAAGAUUGUCCUGAGAAACAAGAAUCUGGGGCUGGAACAGUACAGGUUUCUUUUACAAACUAUUUCUAAUUCUGGCAUUGGUGAAGAAACUUAUGGCCCGAAAAACGUUAUUGAAGGCCAAGAACAAUCUCCUUCUCUAGAGGAUGCCCUUUCAGAAGUUGAUGAUAUCAUGUUCAACACACUUGACAAGCUCUUUGAAAGAACAGGAGUUUCUCCAUCAGAAAUUGACAUACUUGUUGUCAAUGUUUCCUUAUUCUCCCCUCAACCUUCUCUAACGGCUCGAGUAGUUAACAGGUACAAGAUGAGGGAGGAUAUCAAAGCUUUCAACCUUGCUGGAAUGGGCUGUAGUGCAAGCGUUGUGGCUUUGGAUCUAGUUUGGCAGCUGUUCAAGUCACACAAGAAAGCAUUGGCUCUCGUUGUGAGCACAGAAUCAAUGGGUCCAAAUUGGUAUCGUGGCAAGGAGAAAUCCAUGAUUCUUUCCAAUUGUCUUUUCCGUUCAGGAGGCUGCUCUAUGCUCUUGACAAACAAUGAAGCACUAAAGCAUCGAGCCAUCUUGAAAUUAAGCCAUGUUGUACGUACACAUCUUGGGGCAAACGAUGAAGCUUAUGGAUGCUGCAUACAAUUAGAAGAUGAUCUUGGCUAUGCAGGUUUUCUCCUGACCAGAAACCUAACAAGGAAUGCUGCUAAAGCUCUUUCCAUGAAUCUCAAAGUGCUAAUGCCCAAAGUGUUACCUCUACGGGAACUACUACGCUACAUUUUCACAUCUCUUGGUCGAAAGAGAAGCAGUGUAGCAGGUUUAAAUUUCAAGGCUGGAAUUGAACACUUCUGUAUACACCCAGGUGGGAAGGCAGUCAUUGAUGGGAUUGGUAAGAGUUUAAAGCUAACUGAUUACGAUCUUGAACCUGCCAGAAUGGCACUUCAUAGAUUUGGCAACACAUCAUCUGGUGGCCUUUGGUAUGUUUUAGGCUACAUGGAAGCUAAGAAGAGGCUUAAGAAGGGUGACAGAAUACUAAUGAUCAGUCUUGGAGCAGGUUUUAAGUGCAACAACUGUGUGUGGGAAGUUGUGAGAGACUUGAACGAUCUUAAUGUCUGGAAGGACAGCAUAGAUCAUUAUCCUUCCCAAGAAGGACCAGCCAACUCAUUCCUGGAAAAGUAUGGUUGGAUCAAUGAUGAACAGUUGAUGAGCUUUGUUCAAUUUCCGUAGAAGCCACAUACUUUGUUCCUACAAUAUUUAACUCUAUUACAACUUUUCUUUAAAUCUGUCUUGUAAUUUCCCUUUUGGUUCAGGAAUAAUGCUCCAGUUAUGUACCAUAUUGGAGCAUGCAUGAGUUAAAAAUCUAUGCAUCUUGAUCAUAUAGCUGAAGGAUGCAUAAAACUCAUGUCUUUCUAAUUUCAAAACCUUUGUUUUAAGUUACAAUAAUAUUGUAGUCAUGAUAAUUUUGUUCA